ACAACUCUCGCAGAGGAUCAAUGCCAGAGAGGUCUACAAAAUCUCUCAUGAGCAGGUGGGACAGUAUCAAAACUCAAUGUUCUACAUUUGCUGGAUACAUGAUGGCUGUGCUUCGACAAAACCCAAGUGGCAUGACUGAUGCAGAUAAGACAUCUCUUGCGGCUACUCGGUUUGCUGCUGUUGAAAAGAAGCCCUUCCAUUUCUUACAUUGUUGGUCCAUAUUGAAGGAUCAACCAAAAUGGAUGGACCAGCACAUGGGUAACCAAAAUCCUCCACCGAACCCUAUUGCUACCCAAUCAAAUACUAUUGACUUAGAUGGUGGUGAAGACUCAGGUCCAUCAAGUUUUACUUCGAAGAGACCGCUUGGUCGUGAUUCAGCCAAGGAAAAGGCAAAGAAGCAAAGAUCAGAGAACACAUCAUCCACUGAUUCGGAGUACCUAACACGGAUGGGUGAGCUUUCUUUGGAACGGUUAUCUGUGUACAAAUCAGUAGCUUCAACUGAGGAGAAGAAGUUGGAGUUCAUGAAGAAACAGGAGAGGCAGAAACUCAUAUUGGAGAGGAAGAAGCUUAAUCUAGAGAAGAUGAAGAUGGAACGACAAAAGGUGAAGGAGGAGACGGAACAAGAGGUUCUGAUAUUGAGCAUGGAUUUGACAAAAUGUAACCCCCUCCUUCGACAGUACUAUGAGGUGAAACAACAUGAGAUUCUGGCAAGGGUUACUGGAAGCUCGUCGUCAAGCAAGUGAAUGUUCAUGAAGACAUUGCAGUGGUUGAGGAAGUAUUGUUAGUUGUUUUCAAAAACAAGUUUAUUUUCAGCACUUGUGCACUUGACAUUUUUCUGUUGUGUCAUGGUUUGGAGAACAAGUUUAUGUUUCUGCACUUGUCAUUUUCUGAGAAUGGAGAACAAGUUUAUGUUUC